AGGGCACUGUUGUACGCGGGGGUCUAGUACCCUAACCCGUUGAGUUGGGCGGUAUCCCCGCAAAGGAAUAUGAUUGUGUAAGGAAAGUUCAAAAAGCUCUGCUUGAGGGUAUCCUCGUACAAGAAACACGUUGCAGUUAUAAACGUCGACGUAAAGGACCUUACGGGGGUUUAAGGAAACGACACGACCAUCAUGGAGCAAGUUGGCGGUAGUUUGCCUUCGAACGCGAGGGUGGUGCACAGUCCUCCACGUGGCACUGCUUCUCCACCCAAGACCCGACACCAGCCUUCUGGUCCAUUAGCAUGGCGACCACCAGGUCUGCGCGAGCCCCAACGUGGGGACGAACGGCCAGUGAUAGCACACAUGAACAUGGUAGACAUCACUACGAUGCGGCCUGGUGGGGAGCCGAGUAAGAUCGAUCGCAUAGUGCAGAACGCGGAGAAUUUCAAGAGGCACUACACGAAAAACGCGUUUAGCACAAAAUUCGCUCAAUUCGACAGGGAAAAACUGUUUCCGGGGAUAGGUGGUACAGUUGUUCUAGGAGGUGCUGGGGUGGAAGGUCAACCAGGCCAUCUUCUGGACCCAGCAAAUGCAACAUCAGCAUCCUUUGGUGCUGCGUCGGCUGGUGGCGCUUCAGCGACAAGCAGGUCCGCGUCUAAAGUGAACACAGAUGGACAAGGAAGUACACAGAUGAGCAACACUUCUAUCGGUGGAGAUGAGUUCGACAAAAAAAUGCGGCCUGCGAGUGGCACGAAGACACCCGAAUGGGUGUAUGAUGAACGCACUCUGUUACGACUCCAGGAAGAGAAGUGGGCAAAUACCAAUGUCAACACGACAGCUUUGCAUCGCAGACUUGACAGCUACAGCUUUCUAUGGCCAGGCAAUCUGAGGAAAGGGUACUUCAAAUUAAAUGAGUUAAUAGCUUGAUUCUAAGUGUUGAACGUGAUCAACUUACGGUAUUACCAACAACAAAAAUGAACAGGUUGUUCUUGUUGUAGUUCUGGAAAGAACAUUUUUCGUCUCAAAAAAAUCGUGUGACGAUUGCGUGGACCAAAAAGAUUUUUCAUUAAACUCAUUCAUCACCAUCACAUCACAGCGUCCCAACGAUGCAGGAAUUUGACGCUGUGUAUGAGCCCUCACUCGAAAAAGCUCGCAAGGAAAGGGAACAAGCUCGUCGUGGUAGCAAUAGCAUAGCUCCUCCUGGUGCAACACGUGGUGGUGCGUCGACUCUUUUUUCUGGUAGUUCUCCUAGUCAUAGCCCUACAAAUGCGACAGCACUGCAGGAGGCGUCCACAGAGACAGGAGGUGCUGCUGGACCAGACGGUCUUGUUCCAAGGGUUCCAUUAUUGGCCUCUAGUACCGCUACAGACAAGAACAUCAAGGGACCUCCUUCUAAGAAGAAAACAACAGCUUCUGACCUCAUUGCCGCGUUAGACGACGACCUGGAGAAGUUCUACUGCAAAAGGCUAACGGAACGCGCGGUCUACGAGAGCACAAUACCAAAAAAUGUCCAUACUAGAAUGCGAAAAGAGGAGGAGUCGAAAAUUUUCCGCAAAGGCAAACAUCAGAAAAAACUCACGCGUCGUGACGGCGGCUCACAAGUUGGGGUAGACAGAGCAGGAGGUCGUGGUACUAAGAGCAUCCACGGAGCUGGAGGUAGAGGUACAGCUAGUCCCGGUAGAGCAUCCAGUGUUGCAGAUAGUACAUCAGAAAUAACCGAUGAAGGAGAUAAUCCAUUAGAGAAUACGCCACCGCCAGGUCGUAAGUCCUCAGGAGGCACCACAGGAGGGCCCGUAGGCAUUACAAGAACUGUCACCUCUUCUGAAAAUCCAAUGGCUAAUACAACGACUGGGAUGUUAACAAGCUCUGCGACAGGAGGAGGAGGUGCUGCUGGUGAUGAAAACUCUUCAACAAACAAUGCAGGAGUUGAAGUUCUUGAUCCAAAUGCUACAGCAAAGACAACUACUGAAGAUGGAGGUUCUAGCUCGCCUCUCAGUGCCGCAAAAAAGAGAUGGGGAUCGUCAGUGAAGAAGAUCCAGAGCGACAAGAAACUGAAAGACAUAGGAGCCGCUGUUUCUACUGCCGCAGACACGAUUAUGGAGCAACAGAAACUUGCCGUUAUCCCAGAAAGUGAACUAUCAAGUGCGAUGGAGAGUUACAAGACCCACUGCGAGAACAAUGAAGUGCAAAGAGGGAGUCUCGCGCAGAUGGCAUCCAUGUUCGAGGACGUGGAAAAACAUAGGAACUUGAACAUGAAAGGCUUGGAUCUCAGCGUCAUGCAUUGCCAUUGCAUUGUGAAAGGUAUAAUGCUGCUUUUUAGACAUCACUGUCUCAAAUCUUUUUAUAAUUCACUCAUGUUUUUAUAAUUUUGGUGUAGUUCUUGGUCUCACUUGCAAAUUGAGAAAUUGUGAGCAUUAAUUUGCGGAGAAAAAACCGUCAUUCACUCACUCUCGUCCUCCAGUUCUGCUCGAAACCACUCUUUCUCUCUCCAUCUCCAGUUCUCGAAGACCUUCCGUCGGCGCAGUUUUUGAACAUUACGGACUGUCUCAUUCCAGACGCUGGCAUCCAGAUGAUCUUGGCGACUUGUGUUGAAUGUUUGACUUCUCUUCAUCUCGAGAAUGUCAACCUUUCCCUCCAAUCCAUCGAGUUGAUCUACAAAGCCCUGUAUCCACGCAGAAGGGACAGCGUGUUGCAGCACUUGUUUUUGAAAUUAUGGGUUCUUGAAACAUUUCCUUACUCAUGAGGAGUGCUUUCCUCCCUUAACUACAUAUACUACAUUGCAAAGUACAACCUGAAGAAACAGAAAGUGUUGAAAUGUUUCAAGUUCAGCUUUUAAUGAAAGGUUGCGGUCUAGGAACCGAAGACGAGAUUCCUGGUUACAUAGGUUGGAUAUCGGAUGACGAGGAGCCAGGAGAGGAUGACGAUUCGGAGGCUGACGGUGCUCCUCCGGGAGCACAGUUUUUUGCUCCCAAGAUUCCAAAGCCUCAAGCAGCUCAACUGUCUCAACAGCCAGGAGGAAUGUUUAAGAAUGCUUCUACGCCAGCGUUGUUUCGGAUGCUUGCGGCGCCGUCGAGCUCGGUAGAAGGAGGGACAGCGCAAUUGACACACCAUUUCAAAAUGGAAGCUGCGCAUACGGGAUUACCAACCGGCUACACAGACAACGACCCGAACAGACUGCAGCAAUCCGUCAUGCGAGAGGACGACUCGUUGGCGGCAGGUAGCAGUCUCUUGAGCGCUCCAUUGUUCAGUGUGGAGGACAACCCAGUAUUGCAGCAGCAGGCACGACAGCAAGUUGCUGCUCAAAAGCAGUUGGCGAGAGGAGUUUCCAUGCCGAACCUAGGAGGGGGUGCUGUUGGAAUGCCACAGGAGGUGCCCUCUGGUAUGCCUGCUCUGCCUGGCGUUCCUGGUAUUUAUCCUGGAGGUGCAGGAGGCACUCUUUUUGGAGGCGACUCAACCUUGUCCUUUGGUGCAGCGACAGAUGCUGGCGCUUUCGAUGCGUUUCCACCUGGAGCUAAUCAAGAGAUUACUGGGAGACCCGGAAGCCAACAGCAAAAUGCAGUUGGUGGACUGCUUCUUGGGAACGGUGUUGGCGCUGGGGGAAUGAUGACAAUCGGAGCUCCGUUCACGACUAACGGCACCGGUGACGUUGGAGGUGGUGGUUCGACGAUAGCUCCUGUCAGUCCUAUGCAUCCUGGCAGAGAAAACCAGGCACGUUCACGGGCUGCCGACUACGCCCAAAGAAGAGAAAAAGCUUUGUUUCAAGGGCUAGGACCCGAGACUUACGGAGAACAUCAACUCGGGAGGUAUUGGGUAGAACAAACGGUGAGUCCAAGAAUACAGGACCAAUUCUUGUCUGGGGAAUUGUCUGGUAUGGUGCUUUCCGGAUCAAUGGCGAACAUUUCGAGUACUCUGAUGCCUUCCGUCGAGGAGCAAGGUGGUCACCUCCUUUUAGGACGAGUGGGACAGAGUCAGGACGUAACAAGCAUGAUGUUGCAAGAACAGCAUAGUAUCUCGACAAUCAUGUCCCCCACUUGUAGUCCGGGUAAAAAGAAGUCCAAGAUGGCACUGGCAGCUGAGGCAGCAGCUGGCAACAUCUUGAGUCCGGUUUUGAAAGAUCCUGUGAUGAUUGGGGUGAAGAGUCGCGGGGGUUCGCCAGCGAGGAAGAUAGAAAGUAGAGGUGGCGAAAGUGCAUUGGGGCAGUUUGACGCUUUCGUGGAAGAACCGCCAUCACGUACUGGGACAGCUGAUAGUCAAAGACCGAUGACGACUUCGUCUGGUGCGUUGACUGGUAGUCGGAUGCACUCAGCAGCGGAUUCUCAACAACAAGCAGCUGCCUCGAAAAGUUUGCUUGGUGGCUACACCGGUGGAGUCGGCACAGUGGAAGUGCCAGCCAGCGGCGCGGGUCCUACUGGGCCUGGCGUCGGCUUACUAGCUGGUUCCGAGAACCUGGUGAACAACAAGACUCCUGCUCAACUUCAAGCAGAACAGGAUGCAAUUCCGCCGGACGAUGGACGAUUCGUGAAAAGGUAUAGGAUGGAAGGCAUUCCUGAGCAUACGCCAUAUGCGAAAGAUGACCCUAGAGCAGAUCCAGACUAUGCGAAGUCGCCACUGCUAGACUACGUCCAGUCGCCAGAACACAAGAAAUUCCUCGAGGAAUCGCCGAGACACAAUCCGCGAUUGAGGUCGACAGAACUGACAUCACCAGGGCCUAGAGGAAAGGGAAGACGAGGCGAGCCGAAGCGGAAGUAUGCAGCAGAAGACGUGGGACGUGAUGCUUUGGAGAGGGGCACAGGAGGGAGCAGGGAGGCGGGUACUUUCUCAUCAAGUAAUUUGGAUCGACGCAUGUGUGGUUGUCGUCGUAGUCAUAAAAGGAAUGAAGUCCAUUUUUCAUUAAAUGAAUACUCCUUACAAAAAGCUAAUUCGAGACUUGUUCAAUUUCAAAGUCCUUCUCCACCUUCUAGUCUCCUCCUCCCUCCAGGUACUCGCUCUCAUAGUGCUUCAAGUAUGAGCAGUCGGCGCGACGUGGACCUAGGCGACCCGUAUAAACGCGGUGUUCGAAAGCAGAGGAUGGAGAAACGGACCACCUCGCGGGGUGGGAAGCUUUGGGGGAAUUUGAGGAAACACCUGAAGAACGCACGAAUUGCGGGAGGUGGAGGUCGUGGUACGUUUUUCGCCAGUGAUGACGAAGACGACACUUUUGCUCAGCAUGCUCAGCAAGAAGGCGACUUUUCUUUGGGGAAGCACUACGCGAAAAGAAUUCGUGUCGCAAAUAAGGGGAUGAACAUGCUAGUGCCGCAGACGAAUGUGCGAAAGUAUCGGGAGUACUACCGAGGAAUAAAAUAUCGUGCAGUUCCUGACGGUCCACCGAUGUGGAGUCAUGCUUUAGACGUCUUGCGCGUAACGUCAGAUUGGAACGGGUACCCGCCUCAGGCCUGGCAGGACACGCAAGCAAACAGCAAUAGUGCUGAUGGAACGAGCGGGACACACAAUAUGAAACCAAAAUCUGUUAUCAUUAAAAAAAAACAACCGGUUAGUUUUUGCCUUUAAACCUUAGGUUUAUCCCACGAAACAAUCAUUAUGGUACUUUUCUACUUAUAAGAAACUUGAUAAUGAUAACACAGAUUUUCGUUUCAUACACAAUGAGGAGAUAGAGCAAGCCGAAGGUUAUCCAGUAGUGAUGCCACUGUUGGCGAUAGCGAUGGUGACAAGACUACACACCUUGGAUCUUGGCGGCAAUGCGUUGACGGCAAGGGCGUGGUCGGUUUUCGAGCAGCUCCUCGGAAGGACGAAGUCUCUAGAAGUGCUCAUAGUCGACAACACGGGUCUGUCGGACUUGUGCAUUCAUCCAUUUUGCGCAGGACUGAAGCACAACGUGAGUUUGAAGUCCUUGAGCAUGCGAAGCGUGAUGCUGAUGCAUGACGACAGCAUCAUGCUAUUGCUUCAGACUUUGGAGAAGCAUCCCUCUCUAGUGUUUUGGAACUUCUUGGAGAACGUUUGGGGCGACCGCAUGCUAGAGGGUGUCGAGCUAGAUAGCAAAGCCAGUCGACGUGCAGCGGCUAGAGCAUUGAAAGAGGCGCAAGGUAGUUCAGCAGCCGGCACUACUGCUAGUGCGACCAUGAUGACUUCAUCUUCCUCAAGUAUGCUGCAAGGUGGAUCGAUCACUGGUGGGGGAAGUUCGACUUUUAGCAGUGGCAGCCCGCCUAGAAAGAAGAAAGGGGAAGAACCAGACCCGAAUGCGCCGUCUGUGAUCAACUCCUUCAAAUCUCUAUUGAACAAGGCAGUCUUGCUUAGCUGUAUCCAAGUUUCUUUGCCGGAAUGCAGAUUGCAGACUGCGCUGAACAAGGAAUACGGGUGGCCGGAUUGGUUCAAGCUGUGCGGACAAGAAAACGUCGUGAUUUGGCGAGCCGCCUUUUGUAGAGAUUUUUUCCACUACCCGAGGACGAAGGUGAUUGAAGAUUGCGAGAAGAAGCAGGUCAAAGCAGCUGUGCAACGAUGCGAGUGGUGGUCGCGAGGCGGGUAUCACACGGAAGCAAUACCAGGAAGCUUGAUUUUUGGGCCUGAGGCGAACAAUCCAAGCACUCUACAUAGUGGACCCAGCGCACCGGCAGGUGUUGUAUUUCCUGGUGUCGCGAUGGGGACAGGAGCUGCGCCAGGCGCUACAACGGGUACGGUGAGUGGGCAAUCGACAUCAUCUUUGAUGAUGAACACGACAACGACGUUGACCACGCACACGAGCUCACUGCAACUGUCGGCAGGAGGUGGCACUACGGCUCUGGAGGAAAGCACAACGGGCGGACAGAAUAUGCCAUCUGUUAAGGCAAGAAGGAUUUGAUAGAUUUUCGAUCACUUGAUUUGAUGGGUUUGAAAGGAUUUGAUGGCUUGAUAAUCCAAGUUCAUGUUGGGGGUGCCAGUACUUCUCUUGUUUCCACCCCUUUCUUUUCUAACUCCUCCGUGAACCCACACCACGCGAGGCCAGAGUACCGCAAACCUGCUAUUCCUGGCGGCGUCUUCGAAGCAGCUGAUUCAAAGGUUUCUCCUUGGUACUGUGACCCUCUAGAUGCGCCACACGAACAGCUUACAGUGCCUCAUCUAGAAGUCUGCAAGCACUUACAGCAGUUCUGUCCUACAGCAAAGGCACUAGGCCACGUCGCUUUGGGUCUAGAUCGGGUUGUACAAAAAGAUCCUGAGGAUGUUGUUGAUAGAGCUGCGCAACAGAGGAACGUCGGUGGAGAUCAUUUGGAAGGUCAUGGUGGUGGGAGUCCGUCUGCCGCUUCAAGAGUGGCGGUCUCAAAAGCAGCAACAGUGGCAGCAGUUGCUACGCCACCAGACACUAGUUCUACAACAGGCGUCUUUGGCCUAAAUUCCAGCACCAGAGGAGGACGAUCAGGUUUUGCUGGUCGAACUUACACUAGUCAAGACCCACUAGACAUAGCAGCGAUGGACUAUUUUGCGAGAUCAUUUCAUCUGAAAGACGAACACGCUGGCGGUAGAAAACGACGCCACGGAGGUGGUAGCAUGCAGCAUGGUGGCGCGGCUUCAAGCACAGCUGGUAUGGGCGCCACUGGUGGCCUUUCUGCCUUUGGAGGUGCUACCGACGACGGCCAUGGACAUGCAGGUGGUAGUGCUGUGGAUGCAUAUGGCGUCACAGGAGCUUCCUCGCUGUUCCAAGGAGCUGCUGGCGGAUCAAUUGCCUCGGUCUCUGUCGAUAGUUCACCCGCAGGCUUGUCCAAAACGGGCAUGAGCAAGCGUUCUGGCUCUAAAGGCCGCACCGUUGUUUCCACCAGGCCAGUAAAAGCGAAGGCAAGAGAAGACCUAGAUCACUGGAAGAAUAGGCCACCUCAGAUGACGAAAGCAGAACAGAUGCAGAAAAUGUUUGAGAAAAAGAAGAAACCUCCAGGCACCGUAUCUUUGACCAUUAAGGGUUUCCACCGAAUUACAUCCCGCACUUUAUAACCAUCCUUGGCCCUUUUCCUAGUUGUAGAAAAGAAGCCAGGGAUGUUCUGAGGAAUGUAAUCCCGUAAGCUCUAACACCAGUCGACUGGAGGAAGCUAGUGCGUUGAUGAGUAAGUGGACAAUAUCAAUAGAUGAAUUACCAAGUGUGGAAACAAUCGAUCCUGGUCGUGAUGGGGAUAAAGAAAAUGUUCUUGGAGGGGAUGCUGACGCUCUAGGAGGAAACACUUCCGACGACAUGAACAAAACACUUCUAGAGGAACAACUAACACUAGGCGGUGCAGAUACGUCUCAUCUUGAGGGCCGCGGUACUACUUCAGCUAACAAGGCUGUGCAGCCGUCUACAGACGAACAAAUCGCGGAAUCUAGCGGAACGAAGUCAGGAGGUAGGCCAGGACUUGCUCGUGCUCAGACCUAUGGAGUGCUCUCCUUCGAUAGUUUCAUGCAACGAGGAGAAAACCAAAAUAACGGAGGAGGUAACAAAGUAGACACGACAACUGCAACUGCUGGUGGUGGUGCUGGAGGGAGUGCCUCUUCAUCUUCGUCCGAUCAUGGCGUUCCCUUUGGUGCAGCCAAAGCACAUGACUUCCACGCUUUAGAACGCGUCUCAGUGGCGCAUCCAUUGCACAGACUUCGACCUAGUGCGAAUCUGAAGCUGAGUGGGUCUUGGGUAGCGGAUAGAGUGCAAAUGCAGGAGUUCGUCUGGAACUUUCCGAAAAGCGGCAGUACAUGCGGCCACAGUGUGCAAUUGUGUUUAUGUUGACAGUGGAGGACGUGCUGGACGUGGUGUGAUCAUAGUUCUUCCCUGGUGACAGAGCAAUCUACUAAUCUAGUUAUAGUUAGUAGAUAAAAAGACCCUAAAAAUAUACAUAGUUAGAAACCACGUGAUCAUGGUCAUCUUGAAUGAUGUUCGAUACAUGAUAGAUCCACAAGAACGAUUCCUCUUCUAAGCUUCCCUAGCUUCUACGAUUUUGCGAUCAUUCCGAUGAACCUAGUAAUGCAGACGAACCGGAAUCACGUUUUCCGAGUUGGUUGCCGCGUUCCGAGUUACCUAGAGUACGUCUAUUACUUCUUUUACGACCCAGCAACUCAAAAACUGCUUGUCGCUGACGAUCAGCCGAAGUUGAGGCUGACCAAAAAAAUGAAGCAGAAAUUUGUCCGAGAACACCUUUUGAAGAUAAUCACAAUAGCGCAAACAGACCACAGCAGUCUAGCAGCGCAGCUGGCAGCAGCCGCGGAUGAUGUCGUAGACAGCAGUGGGGCGGGAGCAGGAGGUGAGCAGAAAAGUACUGGUGGAGACGGUGAACAAGAAGGUUCGUCUGAUCCUCGCCAGGAAGGUGCCGAAGGAGCAGGUAGAAAAGACAUUGCUGCAUCUGCUUCACAACAAGAUUCUACUGGAGGAGGGCCUGUUGCAGCUGCUUCUACUUCAUCAUCUUUGCAUGUCCAUCAUCCUCCUGUGGGGUAUGAUCCUGUUGCAGCCUUGCAUUUUCAGGAGAGGGGUGGGACGAAAACGAAGAGUUUAGAUGACAUCUUCGGCAUCUUCGACAUCGAUGACGACUUCCCAAACUUCAUCAACUACCGAAGGAUCCAGCCUUUCGAAUACCCGACCGCGAGUCCAUUAGGCAGCGUAGCUCUGGAAGAGGUGGCGCCUGGCAUUGCGGACGUGUUCGAUAAAAACCUGUACAACUACACAAGAGAGCACAUUACCUUGGAGGAGAGUAGUCGCUGUGAAGACUGUUACGACUACGAUAUGGAGAAGAUCAGGCCAACAUUGACUGCCAUAUGCGGAGCAAACGACGAAGCAGCGUUUUUGAAGACACUACACAGCAACUACUUGGAGCUUUAUCAGGCCUAUGGUACUCCUGCUGGAAGAUUGAGUUUGGCAAGAACAGUGUGUAGUUUACAGCCACUUGCGUUAUGUUGUUGGUUCUGUUAUCUGUCCAUCCUAGCCCAAAAAUUCUAGCAUCUUCCUCCACUUCCCUACCAUCUUCCUCCACUUCCGCCCCAAUCUCAACCGCAGCUCUCCUCACCGGUGGCGAGCUGUAUGUGCGUUCAGUCGAUGUGAUGGCCUUUUUUGACGAACUUUUUAGGCCAGCGAUGAGUUCGUUGGAGAUCAUGAAAUUCGUCGAGGUCUGUGGACACUCUCCUGUCCGAUUCUUCCGUCAUGAAUUCCUGCAUUUGUGCUUGCUGCUUGGUACUAUCUAUGUGGUUCUUUUCCUUUUCUACUUAUGCAAUAUAAUAUAUAAGUUCUGAAAAAGGAGCAAACGCUGUAGUAUUUUUAGACAUGUAACAAUGGAGUCGGAUGAAAACACGAAGCAGCAAUCACUUCUUCGCUUCCUCCACAUGCACCACAGGUAUCGCCCUUUUUUCCACCGAGACCAACGCACAUGCUGGGCGCAGCUUGGAGCUUCUUGUCGAACGCAAGCUGAAACCCGCAAUUGCGUAUCCUCUGAACCCCUUCUCCAAGGAAAUCAUGCAAAAUCCCAUUAUCAACAAAAUGAGCUACGACUGUAUGGAAAUUCUCAAGGACGCCUAUCUACGAUACGGCACACACAAGAGCGGGUUUAUGCAAUUGAUCUACAUUCUCCGGAUUAACGACAAAAACUUCACUGCAAGGCAUUUGGCGUGUAUCUUUGCGAUGGCACAAAAGUACAAGCCGAAAGCGUGCGAACAGACGGAACAUGUACUACUGUAGUUGCUUGAUUUUGUUUUAAAAACUCUGUUGUAGUGAGGACUAGUUUGAAAUUGAAUCAAUUCAAAAAUUUUUGAAUUGAUUCAAUUUCAAACUAGUCCUCACUAGAAGUCUCUCCUGUUUCUACCAAGCUAUGUAUGGAAGGGAGCAGUACGAAGGGGAACCCACAUUACAGUUACUCCAUGACUCACCUUGUUCCAUGCAUUGACUCUCUUCAACCACACGUCUACAGGAAUGCACCCGCAUGACUUAUCCUGAGUUCUGUGAGGCGAUUGUGCGAAUAGCGGCAGGCGGUUUGCCUCAAGCCGAAAGCAAAUAUAAGGGACAAAACCUCAGCUUGUAUCCGAAGAAAUUAGCCAAGGUCUGUCGUGCUUUCUGCCAGAGGAUACAACUCAAGAUUCGUGAGAACAUCAGGCGGAUGAAUCAGUACAAAAUGAAGUAGGAUGAUGUGAAGCAGUGAGAAAAGCAGCUGAUUUCACAUAUAAUUGUGUUCUAGUCCUACAACUAGAACUAGGACGUUCUACUUGAUGUUAGACGGACUCAUACAAUGAACAAACUGAAACAAUUUUCAUGUCAAUUGCAAACGAUUAACAUUAGAACACAAGAUCGAGGUUGAACAGGACAUCCAUGAUCCCGUAUUCAAUUCUAACAUUCUUGCUAACAACUGUCAAAGAAAUGAACCCUGCUACACAACAGCAUCACUUAGCAAUUUCUAACUUCUUCUGAUCGAUCGAUCCCUGAAAUUCGCUUACUAUGAAAUUUCCGCAAGUUACCGCUUUCAUAAAAAAAUAUCUUUAUCGCAAUCGCAUGGACGAUUGUUCUAGUGAUCGAUCCAAUUGCAUUUAUCUGAAACUGAAACCCGUGAGUACGACGAACGUGAAUUUGCUUUCUGCUCUACGUCUCUCGUCUAAGUCCCUUAUUGAGUAAACUGAAACUCGUAAAAAUAUUACUCGUCUAAGUUAGCCUAAUUAGAACAUACAAUGUAAUCGAUCCCGUAAUAAAAUGUCCGCUUUUUAGGUUAAACUAAAUUAUUGUGCACCAUGCUGCAUAAUGAUUUCGAAUUUUCUUUGCUUUGUCACACUGAAGAACGGUAUGCACCGACCCUGUGCAUAAGUGAACCCAUGAAUGUAUACUAAGCCGGCCACCCACAUCGAGAAUGCGGUUCUCCUCAGUCAACAAAAGCAGUAUGGAACACACGAGCAGGCAAUUCAAAUUGAAACUCGUCUGGUUUCCCCAGAGUAGUUACGAACAAGCC